UAACCCGGAUGCGGAGUGGCGCUUCCGGCGCGCGCAGCGCGGCUCCCUGAGGCAAAAUGGCGGCGCCCUUGUCUGUGCAGCUGGAGUUCGGAGGUGGAGCAGAACUCCUGUUCGAUGGGGUAAGGAAACACCAGGUGAAUUUGCCCCACCAAUCUGAACCUUGGAACCUCCGGCAUUUGCUGACGUGGAUUAAAGAGAACCUGCUGAAGGAGAGGCCCGAAUUAUUUGUGCAAGGAGACUCCGUGCGCCCAGGAAUUCUGGUGCUUAUUAAUGAUGCAGAUUGGGAGCUGAUGGGCAACUUGGACUACCAACUGCAAGACCGGGAUCACGUGGUUUUCAUCUCCACCUUACACGGUGGCUAGGCCGCCGGGGUGCGCGUAGGUGUGUGUGUGUGUGUGUCCUAAAACGGCAACCGCAAAACUAAACAGCCUUUGAGGGGACAGAGAUUCCCUCUUUUCUCCGGGUUGAGCCAACGUCUUCAGAUUUGGGGAGCGUUCGGACCUGCCUUCCUUCUGCAGGGUUGGAUCCCAAGCUGGGGAUUGGAAAAGUGUGAUUCUGGAGCACUUUCUCUUCGUUUGUGGGUCAGGAGAACCCCACCCCACCCCCCAGCCGUUUGUUGACGAGGGAACCAAGAGGGUUGCAGCUGAGCCCUGUUGCGAUUUGCAGUGCCUGUUUGUUAUCAGGUUAGCAGCCAGAAGAGACAAUCCCAGGGGGUGGGGGGGCUUCUCUGCCUCGGAUCCAGCCUUCCAGGCCUUAGGACCCACAGCCUGCCUUUGCUUGCCUCCAUUUGAUCUGCAGAGCCCCCCCUCCCCCCCCGACCAGCAUUUCGGUAGCUGAACUGAAAAGUCCUCUCUCUGUGCAGCCAACCUGCAAAGGCUUGCUUUACAUUUAGGACGCGGUGUUUAUGCCCGUGCAAAGGAUGCGCAAAAGUCUGGAACGGUCCAGGGUCUCCUGCCUGUGCAGGGGGGCUGGACUAGAAGACCUCCGAGGUCCCUGCCAGCUUUUAACUCUGAUUCCCCGGCUUGCCUUCUUUGUACGUGUAUUUUAAAUAAAUAUGGUGCAGAACUUCUCUUUGCUAAUAUGUCACCUGCUAACCGUGGUUUGUGUGUCCUUUCAUCGGGGAUGCUAAGGGUCCCACUCUGUUGCCAGCUGCUGUAGCAACGAAUAAAAAGGCUACCCCUG